UUGGGGGCGGGCUUUAAUGUCUUAGCCGCUAUCUGCAUUGAGCGAACAUGGGAUUUCCCACGUAUAGCUGAGAGGUACAGCUGGCCUAAUGUAUAUUAUGCAGUCAGUGCAACAUGGAAUUCUACACGUACAGCUGAAAGCUAAGCAAUUCAAAGUGAGCACGCUGGCUUGACAAAACAGAGAAGUGCUAGCUAUACCAAUGGAUGCUAUUGAAACAGACCGUUUAGAAGGUACCAAGGAGACAGUCAGUGACCUGGAGAAUUCAAAACACAUUUUCAGAAGCUCAAACCAGAUAGAAAAUGGCGAUGUCAUUAAUUCAGAAUCUGACGACUUGUGUGCUGAAAAGGUAGGGGCUUGCAUGACCGGAGAUGCUUCUAUAAAGCUAAAUGAUAUGAGUCAUAUCAGUGUUGCCAAUAAAGCAUCCAAGAAAAGUAAGGAGCACAGGAGAAUGAACUCGCAUCGUCUAGUUACGCAGUAUAUAGUGCCAUGUAUGACCACAUACGGUUUAUGCACAGUGGACAAUUUUCUAGGACCCAAAAUGGGUGACAAAGUACUACAAGAAGUUUCUGCUCUUCGUUUGAGUGGUAAAUUGAAGGCUGGAAAACUUGCAGGUCAACAAUCCGACGCAAAUAGUGCGAUUCGUGGCGAUAAAAUAAUGUGGGUACAGGGCAAUGAGCGAGGUUGCGAAAAUAUAGGCUACUUACUGUCCAGGAUGGAUAAACUCAUCAUGCAUGCUGAUGGGAAGCUUGGACCUUACAGAAUCAGAGGAAGACACAAGGCAAUGGUUGCUUGUUAUCCUGGGAAUGGAACAGGCUAUGUUCGGCAUGUAGACAACCCAAAUGGUGAUGGGCGGUGCAUCACAUGCAUUUAUUAUCUGAACAAGAAUUGGGACGCUAAGGUGAAUGGUGGAGUUCUUCGAAUAUUUCCUGAAGAAAAAUCAUAUGUAGCAGACAUUGAACCUAUAUUUGACAGAUUGUUAUUUUUCUGGUCUGACAGAAGAAAUCCUCAUGAAGUACAACCUUCAUAUUCUCUAAGGUACGCCGUAACUGUGUGGUAUUUUGAUGCAGAAGAAAGAGCUGAAGCAAAGAAGAAAUUUAGAAUUUUGACUGCUACAGAACAGGAAGAAAACUUUUCCCAGUGAAUUGUCAUUGGCACCAAAGGAUGUGUACAAACUGCACAGUGCCGAAAUACGAUGCAGUGGAGAGGGUCAACGUUCGCUACCCUGAGUCUUGGGUCGGUCCAGUCUGCUUGAACACGAUGGCUUUGUCUUCCUCUUAUCUUGCCCAGCAAUACUGACUGCUACCCCUCAUUGUGUAGCUACAGUCAGUGGAUGGUGUUGUUCCAUAGUGCAACGGUUACUGUAUAGAACCAAGUCCUUCCAUUGUGCACAUGCAGCUUACGUUAGUUUAGAGGAUGCAGUCAUUACAUCUGGGCCUUAUCUGCACUUUAAGUAUUUUACAAAAAAAAUGUCCAUUUUCAUAAUAAACACUUGCUUAGAUGGUUAGUAGGUGAAUAUUAGUAUUGUUACUGGGUGAAGAUAUUUUUUCUUAUAAUGUCUUUAAAUAUGUUCAGUUAUAGCAGAGACUGUCAUUUACUUGGUGCAUUUAACUUGUAUCUGGUUAUUUAUAUUGCAUCAUACUUCAUCAGUAAUCAAAAAUGCAUGUGAGUUUUUCUGAGUGACAGAGUGUUUUGUUAAGAUUUAUUUAAUUGAUUGUAAUGCUUAAAGCUACAUACCUCUUUUUUUCCAUUUACCUUCAUUAAACUGAGAUUAAAAUUAAAUCUUUAAAACUUAUAACAUAUAAACUUAUAGUUUUGACAUUUUGAUUUUUAGAAAUCAUUCUUUUGGCCAUGAGAUGUCUAUACUUAUAUGUUUUUAAAGGUUAAGCUUUCUGUAGCUGCCUCUGAAAACAGCAUGUGAAUGUAUUCUACUAGUUGUGGACCUCUGUUUCCUGGUCUGCAGUUUUUAGAAAUUCACCAAAGUACAGAAGAACAACAUUUAUAUCCAUGUCUUGUGUGCUAAUCUAUCGGAUAUUGAUUUUGGUGCAUAAAAUCCUUAGCAUCUUCUUUAUAGUACUACAUUCUUCCUUCCAUUCUGUGUCGGGGAGACCUCAAGUAGGCUUAGAGACCAGGAUCUGAACACAGUCUUGUUGAGGUAUUUCCUAUAACUUCUGAAACGACAAGUAAUGCAUAAGAUAUGCUGUGGCUUUCUUUGCACAGCUUGCACGCCAUUAUAUAUGGUACUGUACUUACAAAAAGUCUUUAAAUUACUAAGAGGAAAAAUAUUUCCCAUCAUUAGUGAUGCUUUUAUUCGAUUAUCAGUUUACUGUAUCUGUUGCACUGCCUAAAACUGUCUUUUACUUUAACCGUUGGCGUUUGCACUUGUACACAAACAAGUGGUUUUACAACUGACGGAUACCAUUUGUUUCUUUUUCCAAGAAUGUCUGUUUUUGCGCUAACAGUUGCUAUCUGCAGUCACUGUUACUGCUUCCUUUACAAAAAUCGGGUCACAUCUGAUGAUUCUGGUAACUGAUAAGAUUCCUAGAAACAGACAGCAGGUUGCUCUCCUUAGGGCUUUCUAGAGGAAAAUGGAAAAGCAAUGUCUUUUUAUUCUUUGAUCUUACACGUGAUCCUCCAUUGUCCCACACACUUUUUUUUAAUAUUCACUGCUUUGCCCUUUUUUAUGUAUUUAUUUAUUCUUUGAAACAUGGGCAGCCAGCAGGCGUGAAAUAUGCUAGUGAUUGUUUGUCCUUCAGAGUAACAUUACUGAAUAUAGAGGUAUCCUUCCUAUGCAGUGGGUAUGUUGCAAGGUAACAAAGAUUACCAAAAACCAUACAGUGGCAGUCACUUUUAUUUCAGGGAGAUACCAAAGUAUUCCAUAGUUCCUUCCAAUGACUGUAAGCAAACCUGGGUACAGCAUCCAUGACAGACUUGAAGUAAAAGAAAAAUACCAAGGCCCGCAUCACUACAAAAUAAAUUUGUUGCAAAUUGUUGUUUUUAUGCAGAUAUAUAUAUAUAUUUUUUUUUGUCUAAAUGGACCCCUUAAAAAUUCCUAGUGUAAAAAUAGCCCUGUGAUUCUCAAUUUGCUUGCUGAUUUAUCUGACACUUUCUGGUGAAAAGAGCUGGUGUAUGAAGUCGACAUUUGUGUGGAACGUAGAAUUUUUUUUCUGCUCAGUUUGUAGAGGUUGUGCCUUCUAGCCUUACUCUUUUUUUCUUUUGUACAAUGUAGUUUAAUUGCUGAAGAUGCACUGUUCAUAACAGGGUUCAGGUUGCUUAGUUAUACACUAGAGAAUUAAAGACUGCUUUAAUUUAAUGUAUAGCCAUUUAGCACUGACGUGGGCACAUUUCUUACUUUAGCUAAUCUGUCUGUGAACUACAGGUCGUACAGCAGACACAGCUGUUUCUCUUCUGUUUCCCACGGAGAUGCAGAUGCAGUGUUUUCCCCAUGUGAAUGAUUUUUGUUUUAUGUUGCUGUGAACCCCCUAGUAAUUUUCUUUUGUUUUCUGUAAUGUGCACAUUUGUACCAUGGAACUGCCGUUUUUUUUACUGUAUCUUAUCAGAAUGUUGAAAUGUUUAGCCACUGUGACAAAUUUGUUCAAUUGCUUCGUAGUCUGCUUUUGGGUUGUGCUCUAAUAAAUGUUGAGUGAAAAGCAGGCAUGAGAGGAGCAACAACGCUUUCUGAAAGCAAUACAUUCCUAUGAACCAGCUGGUGAAGUGGAUUAGGAAUUUGCCAUAACUUUAAUUAUAAAUAUAUAUAAGGACUGUUGAAAAUUUAUCUUCAAAAAAACUAUCCUGUGACUAGAAGGGAAUGUUUUAAGUGGGAUAAGGUACUGUAUGUAGCUUGUUUAUUUAAAUAAGUAAUGAAACUUGCAUCAGCUGCAGCAGUCAGUAAUGUCUGCCACCUUUCACACAAAGUAUCCCUUUCACUUCCAGUCAUUAUUUCCUAAUGGAUGCCAAUCAGUAAUUAGUUUGUUCCUGACUAAUAUGUAAUAGUACAUUUCUGCAGGGAUUCUUAAUUUAACUUGAAUAGGAUUUGUUUUAUUACUGAGGACUGCUUCCUUUGGGAAUCUCGGAAUAGAUUUAUUUCACUCCAGUACAUGAGAAACCUGCAAAAAGGAAAAAGGAUGCAUUUUCAGUCGUGAUAAUCUCUGUGUUUCCUAAAAAAGUAAUACUUGUUAAGGUCAGGAACACAAAACAAAUACUACUACACUUCUCAAAGGAACACAGUCUCACUUAGAAGGCAUUCCUUGUUGAAAUCUUGAAAAAGCUUGUUAUUUGUUAAUUUUUGUAAAUUCCUUACUAGUGUUACCAGAUUGUAUGCUGGUCAUCAAUUCUGGAAGUUGAAUAUUGAUAAAACAUUCUAUAAUAUUUUGCCACCUUUUUGUACAGUAUGUCAUGUUUGAAGAAUAAAAUUGUCCCAGAGUCCAGCGCCCUGGGUUGCACUAAA